AGUGUCAGCGCUACUGUGCCGGAAUGUCAAUCAAAUGAAAACAAAAAAAAAAGCGGCGUGAAAAACUGAAAAGGACAGAAGGAAACCAAUUUCGCAACUCCCUUCGAUGCGGUAAACGGAACAGGAUAGCCGGAAGAGGAUAACCUACUCGGGUCACAGGGAGUAGGCACCAAGGGCCGGAUGGAGACGCACUUUAUGGCUAAAAUGGGGAAGUGGAUGACACCCGAGGAGGAGGCGCGCCAGAAGUUCAUCAUGCGGGAGCGGGAUCGCGAGCGGAAGCGGAUCAAGCGCUUGAAUCCCGAAUACCGGCAGAUGGAAAGGGAGCGGGAUCGGUUUCGCAAGCAGACGCCCAGGCCCAGUCUGAUGACACCCGAGGAGGAGGCGCGCCACAAGUUCAUCAUGCGGGAGCGGGAUCGCGAGCGGAAGCGGAUCAAGCGCUUGAAUCCCGAAUACCGGCGAAUGGAGCGCGAGCGCGAUCGAUUCCGCAAGAAGGCACGACGUGCUAACCAGUUGACGCCAGAGGAGGAGCUGAGACUGAAGAUGAUCCAACGGGAGCGGGAUCGGGAGAGGAAGCGGAUCAAGCGCAUGAAUCCGGAGUACAGGCGACUGGAGCAGGAACGUGAUAGGGACAGAAAGAAGGCCCGACGGGCCAACGAGGCCUUCAGGCAGCUGGAGAAGCUGCGGGACAAGAUCCGGAAGGAUCGGAAAAAGGGGCUGCUGGUCUCUGAUCCACUGCAGCUGCCGCCGGAGUUUGCGAACAUGAUACCGCCAGUGCCUGUGAAUGUGAAGCCAGAGGUGGGUCUGCCGCCACCGCCACCGCAGCAGUCAGCGCCCCAGCAACAGCAGCAGCAGCAACAAUUGCAACAGCAGCAGCAGCAAUCGACGCCACUGCAGCAGCACCAGCCACCGCCCACGCACCUCCAGGAGCAGCAGCAACAGCAGCUGAGCCACCAGCUGGCGCAUCAGCGCAACCGCGCCAUGACCACCAGCACGUUAACCCAACUGGCCACGCCGCCUGCUCAUGCCACGCACCUGCAGCAGCUAAACAAGCUGCAGCAAUUGUACCCGCCCCGAAGCUUCGGUCACCCCGGUUUGCCCAUUGCAGGUGUGGCGCUGAUGCCCCAGCUUUGCCAUCCCAUCCUGCAUCAGAACCUCAGUGCUGCCACCCUUUAUGCGGGUCCGCCUAACGGCAUCAAGCAGGAGUACGGCCAGGAUGUGUCCGCCUCUGCAAUGGCCGCGGCCCAGGCGGCAGCUUUGGCCUCGCUAAGAAAUCCCCAGCAACAGGAGGAUGCAGAAAUGGCCCUGAACCUCGAGCCGGAGAUCAUACUCCAUACGGCUCCCGAUGUGAAUACCACUCAGCCAGCAGCGUCGCAGCAGCAGCAUCACUUUAGCGCCCAUCAGCAGCAGCAGCAACAGCAACAGCAGCAGCAGCAGCAACAUCAUCUCCAGCAACAGCAGCAGCAGCAGCACUGCAGCAUGUUCCAGCACAUGGCUCCACAGGCGCACAUGCAGCACAUGCGUUCCACGGUGCUGCCGCCGCCACCACCGCCUCCCUCGCUGGCACUGCCACCGCUGCCGCCCCCGCCACCUGCCACGCACCAGCAACAGCAGCAGCAACCGGCUGCGACGCCACAACAACUGCAGCAGCAACAUGCGCCGCAGUGAGGUUUACACUCGCCUUUAGUCCUAAGCUCAACUCUCUCUCUAGCCAGCUAAGUACAUCCGAAUGCUUGAAGCCUGGAGUUGUGAUCUUCGUAAGUUAUGUGAUUUUUCUCCAAAUGUAUUAAAUUGCCAGCCUGCGAGCACAAACUAUGCUACUAAACCAUGUUCUUUUCCUAAUUAACUUGGCCAAAAAUCUUUUUAAAACAUUUUUUCACACAUAAAUAAUGAAACUAAUUUAGUAUUUCUAAAGAAGAAAUAAUUCUUUCAAACAUGAGUCUCAAAGUUAUAAAUAAAAUGUUUUAUUGUUAAGAUCUUGUGAUAAAUUCCCUAUGGCCAAUUGUAAGCAUAAAGAAGAGAAUACUUUGUGCUGCUAAUGGUGUUUAAUAACAUGAAAUCAAUUUGUAAUUUCAACAGAAAUCGAACUUUCUGAACUUUUAAACCUUUCAUAACAUUAAAUAAUUUUUAAGUAUUCGAUUUUUUUCGAACUGAUCAAGACAGAAAAUGUUAAUGUCGAUACUAGAGCAAUUUUUUAAGAUUAAAUGUAAUUUUUGUAUAUUUAAAAUUUUAAUAAUAUUACAGUAUUUUUGUCGACAAAUCAAUCGGAUUUUUCCUUCCGAUACACAUCAAUAUUUUGAUCAAAUUUGUUUGCUGUUCUUUAUAUCCCUUGGCAAUCACAACUCGAAGGACUAUCUCGCAUUCACAACUUCUUUUCCUCCACACUCACACUCACACCCAUGUUCAUUUCUGUGUAUGUUAAGUAGACGCCAUUUUUAAAAUGCCGUUACGUAUUACGAUCCGUAAAGCGUUACGCAUUACGUUAGUUUAUUAAUUAAUGGGCUUCCCCGUCAUUAGUUUCCAGCAUUUGUCUCUGUUUUUUAGGUCUGUACGUACGUAUGUAUUUUUGUUUAGUCGCUAAGUGAUAGACGAUACGAUAUUGGCAAGUUUAGGAAGAUACGAUCUACAAUAUAACUAACGAUAACUGUAUACCUAUAUGAUAUGAUUCAUAUACAUAGAGUAUGGCCAGCCGCAAAAAAAAGAUAAUUAUUACGAAUUUAUGCGCAAAAGAAAAAUACGAGCGAAAUAUAAGCAGCAAAAGCGAGUUUUGCUAAA